UUGUCACUCAUUCCGAGCUCGUUAUUUUUUUGUAUUUAAUCGUAUCACGAGACAGAAGUACACGUGAUUGUUUUUUUGCGCGGUUGCUUUCUCACGAGCGCCCUGCAUCACUGAGAAAUCCAAUCGCUCGUGAAUGCAGCACACGCCGCGCGUGCCAGCUGCGGCUCGUCAAACAUCAGUCGGUUGGUCUCGCGCCGUGUCGCUGUUUCUCUCCGACUCUGUUUGGGCUCGUCACCGCGUGAACCGAGGACGAUGGAACCUAGGAUGGCGCCGCUGCGGCGCGUCCUCUGCCUCGUGUCUCUUCACCUCUUCACGGCGUCCGACCCUGGACCACAGCUACUACACCUGCCGCGUCUUCGCCGCCGGAGGUGCUGCAGACUUGUGGGUCGACGUGGAUCAGCAGGAGCGGAGCAGCUGGAGGAGCCACGGGUCUCUGUCCGGCCGCCUGCAGGAGAGGGUGGAACUGUCCUUCGCCUUUCCCUUCUACGGUCACAUGCUGACGGCCGUCACCGUGGCAGCCGGAGGCUUCGUCUACACCGGGGAGACCCCGCACCCCCUGCUGAGCGCCACGCAGUACGUGGCCCCCCUCAUGGCCGACUUUGACCCCCGCCUGUCCGACUCCUCUGUGUUCUACUACGAUAACGGCUCGGCCCUGGUGGUCCAGUGGAGUCAAGUCCGCCUGCGGGACGACCUGGGUCUGGGCGCCUUCACCUUCCAGGCGGCGCUGCUCAGUGACGGUCGAAUGGUCUUUGCCUACCGAGAGGUUCCAGUCCCCAUCAGCAGCCUGGAUGCCCAGCAUCACCGGGUCAAGGUGGGCGUGUCCGACGCCUUCGUGGUGAUCAACGCGCUGGAGCAGAUUCCCGACGCUCGCAGGAGAACCAUCUACGAGUACCACAAGGUGGAGGUGCCCAAGCGGUCCGUGUCCAGCCGCGGCGGCGUGGAGCUGCGUCCUCGGCCCACCUGUCUGCAGUUCAGCAGCUGCGCAGCCUGUGCGUCUGCGCAGAUCGGCUUCAACUGCACCUGGUGCCGCCGGCUGCAGAGGUGCUCCAGCGGCGUCGACCGUCACCGCCAGGAGUGGGUCGACCACGGCUGCCCGGACCAGAGAGGGGAGCUCGGCUGUCUGCAGCUGGACUCCCUCCGGACCGGUCCGCACCAGACCACGCCGGCAGCGACCCGCGCCUCAGACCACCUGAGCUCCUCUGGUGUGGCACUCGGCUGGAGCAGCUCCACGGAGCCCGCACCGACCGGCGCGCCGGCACCAGACGACAGCAGGCGAGGAGGUCAGCAGCUGCAGGUCAGUGUCCUCGCCGUGGUCGCCAUGGUGACGGUGGUCAUGGUGGCCGGCCUCCUCCUGUCCCUCUACAUGUACCAUCAUCCCACGUCCAGCACCAGCAUCUUCUUCAUGGAGCGUCGCCCGGCCCGCUGGCCCACCAUGACCUUCAAACGAGGGUCGCGUCACCCGGCGUACGCGGAGGUGGAAGCCCCGGGUGCGGACGGAGACGGCGCCGCGGUCAUCGACCCCAAGCAGUGCUUCGUGAUGGCCGACAGGAGGGAGAGUGAGCAGAAGGAGGGCUUCGUGGUUCCGGACCAGAGGGAGCGCUUCCUGGGCCCAGACAGCUGCUGACUGCUGGAGAAUCUUUCUGUUGUGUGUCAGUCCAGAAGCUUCCAGGACGGAAUGUGGCGUGGAGGUGUCACUUCCUGCUGUGGGAACAUUCCUGCCGUGUUUCCUACACGUGACAGAAGGUGUUGAGGAGACUUGGAUGGAGACUCUAGUGUGGCCAUCUAAGGCAGGCGGGAGGCGUCAGCUCUGCUCGUCCUCUGCAACAGUGGAGAGUUGGAUCAGUGCAGAACCACAACACGCUGCUCCUUUUUCAACACGUUUCUGUGAGGGUGUUUUGGCGACCUCUGGUGGCAGAAGCUGCGGGUGGCGCGCUGAGCGGCGGCGCUGGGAGCCGCCUCCUCUGCCUCCACGAGUCCAGUCCGGUGGGCUGCAAGACACAGAGGCUGUGGCUGUGACGCCCUGAGGUCAGGCCUGGCUCUGACUCCUACCAUGACCGGGAUGUUCCUGCUCCUGCUGAGGCGCCACUGCGGGUCCACGUCCAGACCGGCGCUCCUCAGCGCCGCGAUCCUCGUGGAGAUGUUGCUGAUCUGCCACCACACACACGCACGAGUGUCCGUGACCUUGCACCCGAAGGUCGUCCGCGUCUCACCUGCAGCUCUGACUGUUGCACUCUGGCGGCCGCGGAUGCCACCUGCUCCUCCAGGAAGGAGAGCUCCAGGUGGGGCGUGUCCCCGCUGACCCUCCGUGCACGCUCCUCCAGGUCAGCUAGCUCCGCCUCCAGGCCGAACGCCGCCCCGGCUGCCACGUACACCUGUGCACAGCCAGCGUCAGAGCCCAGCGGGCCGAGCCCGGCGCGCUCGCACCUUCUCCUCCAGCUGGCACAGCUCCUGGCUGAGUUGUCUGGGGUCGGCGUCGGGGGGCAGCGAGGGGGCGGGGCCAGGCGCCGCGCCGUCCUGCAGCAGGUCCUCUGUCGUGUUCAGGACCCUCAGAACCUCCGUGGUGACUCUGCGCAGAGACGCCGCCGAGGAUCGCUGCGACACAAGGCUCAGGUCACAAAUGUCACCCAGAUGAUAUGGUCCCAAAACUAAUUCAGCACAACGUGGACGUCACAUGACAGUCUGAUUUCAACUAAAUAGUCAGGUAACCUUCAUCUUUUCAUGUCAGAUCUCAAUGUUUGGAUCAGUAAUCUCCAGAUUGUGGUUCAUAAUCUCAGUACUUGGACCAUCGCAAACUCAUUAUUCUGGGUUUGAAUCGUUCCGCCCCCAGUACAAUUAGACAGGAAAAGUGAAAAAAGAUUUUUCAGUCACAAUCAACAGGAAACUAAGUAUGGAAACCAAGUGGUGAAACUGGAUUCUGAACGUCUGCCUGACACGGAAAUUGAAGGAAGUCACUGAGAAUACGGAGAAAAGUCCAGCAUUCAUAGUGAAACCCAAGAAAUUUGAAUCAAAAUAUCCAGAUGAAGAAACCAACUCCAGAUUUAUGGGAAAAUAAAAAAGAAUAUUGGACAGAAAUGAGAGAACUGGCUCGACAGAGUCAAAGCACUGAGACGUGAAAGAACAUUUCACUUGAAGUGACUCAUGUUGAAGCUGUGAAAUUCAAACGCUCACCUGCUCCAUCAGAGCCAACAGAACCUGCUCCGGUUCUGAGAGCUUGGACUCCAUGGACUUGGAGGCCAAGACGAAGCAGAAGGACGUCAGAGAGAAAAGCAGAGGACGAAGGGCGGGCGGACGGACGGCUGCUCACCUCUGCCGGCAGGAACGGGCUCCUUCCCUCCGCCGCGGCGCUUCCACUCUUCUCUUUCCCCUCCUCCACCAUCCCUCCAUCCUCUCUCACCUGCAUGUCCUCCAGCGUCAUCGUCAACAUGCAGCUGAUGGCUCUUUCAAACUCUUCAUCAUCAUCAUCAUCACCCUCUGACUCCCAGCUCCUGGCUGGCCGCGUGCUCGGCCCCUCCUCCUCCUGUUCUUCGCCAGCUCUCUCUUCUUCUUCCCAACUUCCCUCUGACAGCUUCCCUCCGUCCUCCCCUCUCUCUCUUUCCUCCUCUGCUCUCCAUCCCUCUCCGUUCUGCUCGUCCAACUCUUCCAUCCGUUCUUUCUCAGGCUGCACUUCUCCUUCAUCUAACUCUUUUAGAUCCUCUCCUUCCUCUUCCCCUCUUCCUCCCUCUGUCGCUCCUCUUCCUUGCUCAACAGUCGUUUCUUUUAUCACUUCUUUCUCCACCACCCCCUCCUUCUUCUUUCCUUUCCCUCUCUCCCCAUUGUUUUCCAUUUCCUCCCGUCCUCCUGGUUCAGCAUCAAUCUCUGUCAAUUCUUCCAUCUCUUUCACCGCCUCCCUCCUCUCCCUGUCAUCCUUCACUUCUCUCUUUCCUCUCCAUCCGUCUUUCAUUUCUUCAGUUCCUGCGUCUUCACCGUCCAUCCUUUCUUCCUCAUCCUCCGAUUCCCUCCCUGCUCUUCCUCCUCCUGCUUCCACACCUUCUCUUCCAGGCUCCACUGUCUUCUCGUUCAUUACCUCUUCAUUUCCUCCAUCCUCUUCUCUUGAUCCUUCCAUUUCCUCUCUCCCUCUGUCGCUCGCUCUUUCUGGUUCAGCCAUGGCCUCCAGUGUUCUCCCUCCAUCACACCCCUCCUGUCUGACCAUUGCUUGUCUUUCUUUCUGAUCCUCUUCUCCAUUCUCUCCCUCUAAGGCUACUUUUUUCUCAUUCACUCUUUCCUUCUCGCCAUCCUGCUCCAACUCGACAAGCCAACAAUUGUUCACCUCCUUCAUUAAGUCCUCCUCUAGUUUCUCUCCAUCAUCUUUCACUUCUGUCACCACGUCCACCUUUUCUUUCUCAUUCUCUCCAUCCACUGUCAUUUUCUCAUCUUUCCCUUCAAUCGCUUUCUCUCCAGCUGGCUGGUCAUCAUCAUCCUCGUUCUGACUUUCUUCCUCUCCUGCCAUCACUCCAUCUCUGUCCACCGUUUCCAUCUUUCCUUCUGCACAAGCAACUCUCUCCCCUUUCUCUUCCCUCCCUCCAUUCGAUUUUGUGUCUCCACCUUGCACUUCAUCCUCUUCUUUAUUCUCUGCCACUCUUUCCUCUAGUUUCUCUCCAUCAUCUUUCACUUUCACCACGUCUAUAUUUUCUUUCCCAUUCUCUCCAUCCACUUCCAUCACUGUCUCCCCUCCCUCAUUCUCUCCAUGACUCCUACUUUCUUCAUCCUUUACAAUCUCUCGCCUGUCAAUCAUUUCUCCCUGGAGUUUCUCUUCUCUCACUCCAUCUAAAUGUCCAUCCUUCGUAUCUGUCCCUUCGUCCUCCUCACCUCUUUCUCCAUCCAGUUCCUUCCCUCCACUAUCAACCUUGGCUUCCAUCAUCCCCACUUCCCCCCUCUCUUCCUUUUCUUUGUCACCUGUUCUCCAAGCUUGGUACAACUCUGUCUCACUCUCUUCCAUCUCUCUUCUCACUUCUGUCUUCUGCAACUGCUCAUCUCCAUCCUCAUUCUUCACUUCCUUUUCUCUCUCACUCUCCACCCGCUCACUUCUCACAUCCCUUUCCUCCUGCUGACGUUCCAUCUCUUCAUCAGUCGUUCCUCUCAUCAGAUCUAUUUCGUCUUCAUCACUCUCCUCACCGGCAUCAUCUUCUCUGCUCUCUGCUUCUACAUGUUUUUUCUCCUCUUCUUUUCUUGUAGACUCCUCCUUUGGCUUGUCCCCAUUUAAAUCCUUUUCUCUUGUCUUUUCAGUCAUGCCAUCUUCUUUUUCAAAGCUUCCCUUACUCUUGUUCUCCUCCCCUUCUCCUGCGCUCGGCACGUCCAUCUUCCCUCGUUUCUCUGCAUCAAGCUCCUCUUCCCUCUCUUUCUCCAAUUCCUCAUCUUCCAAGUCUCUUCUUUCUCCAACUCCGUGCUCCUCAGCUUGUCUUUGUUUCUCUCUUUCCUUCUCAUCUCUCUCAUCCUCUACUUUUGUGUGGCCUUCUGUCUCUGGUCCUCUCCCUUCCUCCAUCUGGUCCUCUCUAUCCUCUUCAUCUGCUCUCGCAUCCUCCACACUCUCUUCCUUCACUCUUCUUCCUCCUUCCUCUCCGCUGUCUUCCACAGUGUCCACUUCACUUAUUUUGACAUCUUUUUCCAGACAAGUGAGCUGAGCCUCAACUUCCUCCUCACAUCUUUCACUUCCUUCUAUCUGUUUUCUCCUCCCUUCUUUACCUUUUCUCUUUGUGUACUUGUCUUGUUCUUCCUUGCUUCCUUCAGCUUCUCCUUCAUUUCCUCCUU